GAGCAGCUCCAUCAAGGAAAGAGAGAGGGGGAGAGGGCGAGAGCUGUGAAAACUGGCUGAUUGGUCCUGUUUCCUGAUUUCAGUAUACGGUGAUUUGCAUACCAACAUAUUUUGAAGCUUCUGAUGGCAAUGAGGGGAAUUGCACAACCCACAGAACUUUAGAACAGCUUCUGUUUUUUUAUGGUACAUGUGGCAAUUUUCUUUGUCGUUGGUCCUCUUUGAUAACCUCGGCAGCUUUCGGUCCGAGUGUACAAGGGAAGAGUAGAUUCAACCUUCUGAUCAAAUGGAUGACCACAGCACUUUUAUACUUGUCCUGUAUGGACUGAUCAAUUCUGCCUUCGCGGCAGCACUGGUGAACAGUUUUCGCAAGUCCGACACACAGUUGAAUCUCAGCAGCUCCUGCGUAACUCUGAUGCUGUUGUUUUGCGGAGAGCUGUUCUUUUACUUGUAUUUCUCAUCUUAUGUUGGUCUUGUGGUUUUCAUCUUGUGUUCUCUGCUAGCGUAUGUGUCAAUCCGAUCCAAGGCAAUGCUUUCUCCAGGGGGAAAAACUGUUCUCAUUACAGGUUGUGACUCAGGAUUCGGGCACACGUUGGCAAAGCAUCUGGAUUCCCUUGGUGUUUAUGUAUUUGCCACAGUGCUUGAUGAGGAGGGAGACGGAGCACAAGAGCUCAAGGCAGUCGGUUCAGAUCGACUGAUCGUCUUUCAGAUGGAUGUUACAAACCAUGCCAUGAUUCAAGAAACUAAAGAGAAAGUUAAAAAGCAGCUGGGAGGCAAGGGAUUGUUUGCUCUAGUAAAUAAUGCUGGUAUCAUUGUCCACAUUGGAGAUUCAGAAAUCAUCCCCACAGAUGCUUAUAAAAGGUGCAUGGAAGUCAACUUUCUCGGAGCUGUUGAAGUUACUAAAGCAUUUUUGCCUUUGAUUCGUCAAACAAAAGGAAGGAUUGUUAACAUCUCUAGCCCCUCAGGGGAGAUACCUUUUGGAAGGAUGUCCACAUAUGGUUCAUCCAAAGCGGCAUUGGAGCUUUACUCGGAUAUUUUGCGUCAAGAGAUGAAAAUCUGGGGGGUAAAAGUAUCCAUUAUCCAACCGGGUGCCACCAAAACAGCUCAAGUUGGCAAUGUCAACUUCUGGUGCCAGCAACAGAAACAACUGACGGACAGCCUCUCUCUGGAGCUUCUACGGGACUAUGGAGAAGACUACCUCGCCGAAAUAUACCAAAAGGUUACCCUUCUCGGUUCCAAUUUUCAUCAGACUAUGGACCCGAUCAUUGACACCAUAGUUGCAGCUUUAUUAACAGAGAACCCAAAGUCACGAUACACAACUGAGUUUGUGAUUGAUCUGAUAAAGGUUAUAUACUAUUUCUUGCCUAAUACAGUAUCCGAUAUCAUUCUGAAUAAGAUAUUUGUUUCACACAGUCUCCUACCAAAUGGGUGUAAACAAAAGUAAUUUCGCCCACAGAAGGUAUAGUCACUAUACUUUAAAAUAUAU